CCGCGGGGGGUCUGGCGGAGGCCAGGACGAGGCCGGCAGAGCUGGACCAUGGCCGAGACGCAGGAGCAGCUGCUGCAGCUGCAGAAGGACAACCGCGACGGGCGCCUGCGGAACCAGGAGUUGGAAGAGCUGGUGCGCGGGCUGGAGGCCGAGAGCGAGAGCCUCACCAGGCGCCUGCAGGACCUGUGUGAACGUGAGCGGAGGUGCGGCGCUGGGGCGGGGUGGGUGUAUGACCCUGACAUUUCUGGGCUCCCCUGGAAGAAACAGCUGGAACUGGUGGAAGCGAAGCAGGCGGUGCAGGCGGAGGGUUUACGCCAGAGCACGUGGCGGACGGAGGAGGCCUGGGCCAGCUUCCAGGAGCAGAGCAUGGUUCUGCAGGAGCUGCAGGGGAAGGUGAUGGAGGCAGCGGCUGUGCUGGACGCCUCCCGGGGCGGCCUGGAACCGUGGGACUCGAAGCUCCACCGGGGGCAGCACGGCGCUGGCUCGCUCAUGGAGGAGGUGGCCAAGGCCGACUGUGAGACGCGCUUGCUGGGCGCCAUGGGCAUCAGGCUGUGGGCACUGGGCGUGCUGCAGAUGCUGCUGCUGCUCCCGUUUGGCUUCCUGGCGCUGCCACUCCUCUACUUGCUGCUGGUGAACGCUGCAGCGCUCUGCCGAGGACUCCCACGCCUGCGUUCGGCCGCCGGGCUCCGCCGCCUGCGCUACACGCUGUCCCCACUGCUCCGGCUGAGCCCACGCCGGUUGCUACCCACUUAGCGCAUCACGCUGGCCUCGGCCACUUGCACUGGUCUCCGUGUGGUUUUUGGGGACCCAGGGAGUCAUGAGGAUGGGGAGCAGAUGCCAGUGGGGGCGGCACCGGGCUUGAGUUGGGCGACAACUGGGGCUGCUGGCUUGGGCAGUAGGUGUUUGUUGAAAGGGAUUUUCCCGUAACCCCACGUGUUCCAUACCCUUAAUCGAUGCUGCCUGCUCGAAUUUUAGAUGCCCUCCUCCCCUUAAGGAACCUGAGCCCUAUAGGACUAUGGGCCAGCUGGCUCCCGGUGACACCCCCUACCCAAUUCCUGGCUCACCUGUAGUGAUGGUUCGACCCUCAGUGUGUGUGUUUGUUUUUAUUAAAUGUAUUCUGAUUGGGGGGGGGCAGAGAGAAAGGAGCUGAUA